AUGUCGUCUCUCCUCAGCGAAGCUACACAACUGUACAAGGUCUACGAGCAGAUGCAGCACGGCGGGCAACAGCAGCAGACCAGCCAGCAGUCGUCCACUCAAGCCACCCAAGCCACCCAAGCCGCGCAGUCCUCGAGCUCGUACCCGCAGCAAGCCUAUCAGCAAUAUGUGCAGCCUCAGCAGUAUCAAAAUUACCAGCCAGCACAGAGCUAUCAGCGUCCCACCCAGCAGACGCAGCAGUAUGCGCCGCCGGCAACAGCUCCUCCAGGUCACUCUUCGACGGGCGGUUACACCCCACCUGCUGGCCCACCGCCUGCGGCUCCUGCUGGAGGCUACACCGCACCGUCUGGCCCACCUCCUGCGGGCAGCUACACCCCACCUGCUGGCCGUCCUGCUGCGACUCCUACGGGAGGCUACACCGCACCGUCUGGCCCACCUCCUACGGGUAGCUACACCGCACCUGCGGGCCGUCCUACGGGCGGAUACACUCCACCUCCCGGCGCACCUCCCCAGAGCAGUACUUCGGACCCCAACCAGCAGUACUUCCGUUACUCCAGGUGCACCGGUACCAAGAAGGCACUGCUGAUUGGCAUCAAUUACUAUGGCUCGAGCAACCAGCUGGGCGGCUGCGUCAACGACGUGCAGAAUAUCAAAAACAUGCUUACUAGCAAGUCUGCACCUCUUUGCUACACCUUUGGAUACGCGACAGACGACAUGGUUCUCCUGACCGACGACACCAAGGACGCACGCAGCAUGCCUACUCGCGCCAACAUCUUGCGUGCGAUGCAAUGGCUCACCAACGGUGCCCGACGUGAUGACUCCCUCUUCCUGCACUACUCGGGACACGGUACUCUGACCAAUGCUGUUAACGAGGACGACUAUGCCGGCCACGCCGAGGCAAUCUGCCCCGUCGACUUUCAGACUGCUGGCCUGAUCGUCGACGAUGACAUGCACAACAUUCUCGUCAAGCCACUCCCAGCCGGCUGCCGUCUUACGGCGGUCUUUGACUCGUGCCACUCUGGAAGUGCGAUUGACCUGCCAUGGGCAUACUCGACAAAGGGUACUGUCAAGUCGCCCAACCUUAUCGCAAACGCUGCCCCGGACCUCAUGAACGCCGGCAUGGCCGCGCUGUCUGGCAACGACAUGGGUGCGCUAUACACGCUCUUCCAGGCCGGGUCGACGGCCUACCGCACGCACACGGGCGUCGCCAACGCGCGCGCCACCAAGACGGCGCCGGCGGACGUGAUUGCGUGGGGCGGAUGCAAGGAUGACCAGACGAGCGCAGACACCAAGGCCGAGGGCCAGGCCACGGGCGCAAUGUCAUACGCGUUCGUCCGCGCAGUGCAGAGCAAUCCGCGCGCGAGCUACCAGCAGUUCCUGGUCGCGCUCCGUGACGCGAUGCAGAUUACCAAGCAAAAGAUCGUUCCAGCUACCCCAAACUCAGGACCCAAUGUCCCAGCAGCCCUCACGUGUCUGCUUACCGCCGGUGCUGUACCGCCCAGGCGCAGGCAGGGCGCAGGUUACGGCGGCCGUCACUCGCCGUCCAACGGCCACGUCCGAGGCCGUGUCGACCGCUUCCGUGUCCGCGUCGCGGACACGGCAAACCACUCUUACUUUAUGACCGUCGACAACACCACCCCCAAGCGCACCAACCCCGCCGCGCUCACCAGCAUUCCCAACCCGGACGCCGGCUACCCGGGUUCCUACCUGCCCGCGCAGAUGGGCCCCAUCGGCGGCCUCAUGCCUUCUGCCGCGUUCCCUCAAAACGCCAACCCGCCCGAGCUGUUCAAGCCCCUCACUAUCCGCGGCGUGACCUUCCAGAACCGUAUGUGGGUCGCGCCCAUGUGCAUGUAUUCGUACGAGGACGGCAUGGCCAACGACCAUGCCCUCAUUCACCAGGGCUCCAUGGCCAUGCGUGGCUGGGGUAACCUCAUGGUCGAGGCUACUGGUGUCACCCCCGAGGGCCGUAUCACUCCCAACUGCCUGGGCCUGUGGAAGGACGAGCAGAUUGCGCCUCUGAAGCGCAUUGUCGACUACGUCCACGCCAACCAGGGCAAGAUUGGUAUCCAGCUCGCGCACUCUGGUCGCAAGGGCUCGACUCUGCCCAUGUGGGUCUACUACGGCGCCAUGCUGCAGGGCUACGAGGGCGGCGAGACUGUCACCGAGGAGGCUGGUGGCUGGCCCGAGAACGUCAUGUCGGCCUCGGCCAUUUCGUUCAACGAGGACACGUUCCCCCAGCCCCGCGAGGCCACCAAGGAGGACAUUGAGGAGGUCAAGGAGGCCUUCCGCGCCGCCAUCCGCCGCGCCAAGGUGUGCGGCUUUGACUACAUUGAGCUCCACGGUGCCCACGGCUACCUCAUGUACCAGUUCCAGUCGCCCGUCACCAACCAGCGUACCGACGACUACGGUGGCUCGUUUGAGAACCGUAUCCGCUUCCCCAUGGAGAUUGUCAAGAUUGCCCGUGAGGAGUGGGACGGCCCCCUGCUCUACCGCACCAGCGCCACCGAGUGGCUCGAGUCAGCCCUUGGCCCCGAGAAGGCCCACCCGGGCCAGAAGGAGGAGUACGCCUGGUGGGGCAUGGAGCAGACUCUGGCGUUUGCCGCCAAGCUCCGUGACGCCGGCGUCGACCUGCUCGACGUGUCGUCGGGCGGCAACGACCUGCGCCAGAAGAUUGUCGUCAAGCCCGGCUACCAGGUCGAGAUGGCCGCCGAGAUCCGCGCCAAGGUCCCUGGCCUGCUCAUCGGCGCCGUGGGCCUGAUCACCGACGCCCAGCAGGCCGAGGACAUUGUCAAGGCCGGUCAGGCCGACGUCGCCCUCUUCGCCCGCGAGGUCCUCCGCAACGUCGACUUCCCCCUCCAGGCCGCCCACGAGCUCGGCGCCGCCGCCGUCCCGGCCAACCAGUACAGCUCGGGCUGGACGCGCAUGCUCCGCCCCAAGGGCGAUGCCGAGACCAUGGCUGCGCUCGCAAAGGCCCCCGGUGCCGCCAACGCCAAGGAAUAUAUUGCCACCAGCACCGUUGCCGAGGACCGCAGGCCGUAG